CUGGGUGGCCGCCAUCUUGUGGGAGGGCACUGAAGAAGGGCAGAGCGAGGCGGUGAGGAAGGAGGCAGCCAAGGGUGCCAGGGGCUUCAGCAUCUCUGCUAAGCUUGAACCAGCAACCAUGGCUGGCCAUGACUCAGGAUCUCAACACCAGUUCACUGGAUUUCAGAAGUACUUCAAUUCCUACACCAUCACAGGCAGGAGGAAUUAUGUAAUAGCAACGUAUACAGGCAUUGCAAUGCUCGUCUUGUAUUUCAAGCUCAGACCUAAAAAGAAAACUCCUGCUGUGGCAGAUAAAUAAAUGGUUUUUGGCAUGUCUGAAGCACCAAUCUGUGUCAUUUUAAAGGAGACUGAUGUCCUGUGGUGGCUAAUAAAAUAUAAACAAUUA